CGGCGCAGCGAAGAGGGAGCCAAAAAAAUAAAAAUAAAAAUUACCGAAAGCUCCCAAACCCCUCUCCCCCUCCUCCGUCUCCGCCUCCGCCUCCGCCUCCGGCGAGGCAGCUCCCGCGCGGCCGCCACCGGCUGACAUGUCGCGGGUGUACCGCCCCGAGCGGGAGACCGACUUCGCCAGCUUCCCGCACGCCACCCCCAUCGUCAUCGACAACGGCGCCUCCACCUUCCGCAUCGGGUGGGCCGGUGAGGAGGAGCCGCGCGUCGCCUUCCGCAACAUCGUGCAGAGGCCGCGGCACCGCAGCUCUGGUGAAACUGUCACAGUUGUUGGGGACACUGAUCCUGCUUUGAUGAAAUAUUUUGAUUGCACACGAUCAUCAAUUCGAUCACCAUUUGAUGAUGACGUUGUCUACCAAUUCGAGUACAUGGAAUAUAUUCUUGACUAUGGUUUUGAUCGAUUAGGUGCCACUUCAGAGGUGGGCCAUCCCAUUCUUAUGACAGAGUGUGAAUGCAAUCCAUCCUUUUCUCGAGCCAGAAUGUCAGAACUACUUUUUGAGACAUAUGGCGUGCCAUCCAUUGCUUUUGGCAUCGAUGAUGCAUUUAGUUACAAGUACAAUCAGAAACUUGGAAAUUGUGGAGAAGAUGGCCUGGCCAUUUCGUGUGAACACGGAACAUGCCAUGUUGUUCCAUUCUUAAAGGGACAACCUGUGUUGGGGGCAUGCUGUAGAACCAACAUUGGUGGGUUUCACAUUACAGAUUUACUGAGGCAGCUCCUCUCUCUAAAAUAUCCCUAUCACAGUGCAAGCAUUACAUGGGAAAAGGCUGAAGAGUUGAAGAAGGAACAUUGUUACAUAGCCCUUGAUUAUAUGUCAGAGUUGCAGAUAUUUAAGAACAAUAAGGAAGAAGCUGAAGAAAAAACUAGGUAUUGGCAGCUACCGUGGGUCCCACCACCUAUAGAGGAACCACCAUCUGAGGAAGAGCUGGCAAGAAAAGCAGCUUUGAAGGAAAAGGCUGGCCAGCGUUUACGAGAAAUGGCUGCUGCAAAAAGGUCUCAGAAGAUAGCAGAACUUGAAAAGCAGAUUUCUUAUUUGGAGGAGCUAAUGGAGCAACUUGAUGGAGCCGAGGAAGAAGAAGCAACAGCUAUUCUAGGUAGAUCUGGCUAUCUUUCCCAACAGGAAAUCAAAUCUGCUAUUUUGAAAGCAACACAGUCCUUACGGAAGGCAAAGGGGGAGACCAAUGGUAAUGAAGAUAAAACAGAUGCUUCUGCGGCUGAUAAAUAUCCACUUGUGAAUGUCCCAGAUGAGACAUUGACACCAGAGCAGUUAAAAGAGAAGAAGAAACAGAUACUACUCAAAACCACAACAGAGGGCCGAAUGCGUGCCAAGCAGAGACGUGCUGAGGAGGAAGCAUUGAGGGAGAAGCAAGAAGAAGAGAGGCGUUUGGAGAACCCAGAGUUAUACCUUGAAGAGCUCCGUGCUCGAUACUCGGAACUUUCUGAUAAGGUUGAUCAAAGGAAGCGGCAGAAACUUAACGGUGGUAAGACCAAUGGUAAUCAUAAUUCAUCUGGUGGUGUAGGCCGUGGGGAACGUCUUAAUGCAGCCCAGAAAGAAAGGAUGCGGCUGCUCACUUCUGCUGCAUUUGAUCGGGGGAAAGGUGAGGACACUUUUGGAACGAGAGAUGAAGAUUGGUUAGUGUACAAAAAAAUGAGCAAAGAUAAUGAUGAUGACGAUGAUGGGAAUGAUGAUGAUGAAUCAGAACUUGCUCGAAUUGCUUCUAAGAUCCAGGAGAUGGACCCUACAUUUGUGAACAAAACUGAAGCUGUUCAACAGACUCCAGAGCCUCCUAAGGUUCGGACUCUUACAGCAGAAGAUUACAGAAUUUCCAUUGGGAUCGAGCGAUUCCGCUGCCCUGAAAUAUUGUUCCAGCCUGGUAUGAUAGGAAUCGACCAGGCUGGCAUCGAUGAGAUGGUCAGCAUUUCACUUAGGAGACUAAUGGAGGACGAGUCUGUCAAGGAGCGCCUUUGCCAGUCCAUCCUUGUCACUGGAGGGUGUUCUCUGAUCCCUGGCAUGAUCCCUCGGCUGGAAUCUGGAAUCCGGCAGUUUCGGCCAUACCUAACACCCCUGAAGCUUGUAAGAGCAGCUGACCCCCUUUUAGAUGCAUGGAAGGGCGCUGCUGCCUUUGCAGCUUCCAGCAAGUUUGGGAGACAUACCUUCAGCUUAGCAGAUUAUAGAGAGCAUGGAGAAAAUUUGUUUCAUCGGUACAAUAUUGUUUACUCAUUGUAGUAUCUUUACUUCUUUAGCAGUAUUAGCUAACAUGAGUAUGCUGACACGUAUUGUUGUUACAUAUUUGUGAACAAACAUCAUAUUUACCAAAGGCAAUUUAUUGACAGCCAAUAGCAGUAAACAGCUUUGCAGC